CCGGUGUGGCGUGACAGAGCAGUUGACAAAUAUGUGGAUCUUCGGGUAUGGUUCACUGAUAUGGAAAGUUGAUUUUCCUUAUGAGCAAAAAGUGGUUGGGUACAUUAAGGGUUUUCGCAGACGAUUUUGGCAAGCCAGUGAAGAUCAUCGAGGCGUGCCAGGAAAUCCCGGCCGAGUGGUUGUAUUGGUGAAGUCAGAGGAUCGUGAGGAAAAAGUAUGGGGGGUUGCAUACAGGAUACAUGCUGAUAACAUAGAUCCAGUGAGAAAGCACCUGGACUUCAGGGAGAAAGGAGGUUAUACAGCCACACCAGUGGUGUUCCAUCCUCUAGAGCCCACUAUGGAGCCAAAGGAACUAUUAGUAUUCAUGGGUGAAGCAGAUAACCCUUUCUACAUCGGUCCAGAACCUAUUAGUGAGACUGCAAAAAUUAUAUCAGUAAGCGAAGGACCAAGUGGAAAAAACACAGAAUAUUUGUUUGAACUAGCUAAGGCAUUUAGAAAAAUAAUGGCUGGAAUAGAGGAUUCAUACUUGUUCGAACUCGAAAAAGAAGUACAGAGAUUAUGUAAUGAUCAUUAAUGACAAAUGUUUCAUAGCACUACAUAGAAACUAAUGAAAUAAUAUACAGAGGCACCCCUCCUCCACGAGUUAAAUUUUUUUAAAAAUUAUUAAAAUAGUUCCCUGAGUUUGUGCACAUUUUAGUAUGUCUGUACAUUCAACAAAAGUAGACUACAGUACUCACUAUGUUAUGGUAAAGUAGUAUAUAAUAGGUCCCAUAUUAGACAAUAGGUUUCUGAAGUUAUAUAGAUCUGAACAUAAAAAUAAAGUAAACAAACUGCAAAAUAAAGUAUUCUAUCUUAUCUUGAAAGUCACACAACUAGCCAGUCUAGACAGAUUUUGUCUUUGACAAUUGUAACUUGGGUGUUUAUUACCAUGUACAUCUUUAACAGUAAAUGUGAUGAAUAAAUGACAUGAAACAGCAUUUUGAUAGUUUUUAUUUUCAUUCAAUAUAUAGUAUAUAAAUACACACAAACACACAUUUGAAGUCCAAAUGAAGCUAAAUUAAUGAUUAAACAUGAUGAAUAAAUGAUGGACAUUUAUUAAAUACCUUAUACAAUGUAAAAUAAAGAAAUGUAAUUG